AUGGAAUCAAGUCGAAGUCCCAUCCUCACUCCCCUCUCCCCCUCAUCACUCCAUUCACCUCCCCCACUAUCCUCCGCAGGUCUGUCAUCAAGGAUCACCUCGUCGAUCAACACCGUUCAUCCUAGGAUCAGUACCCUUCUACCUAACUCAUCGGGAUAUCUGGCAUUCUUCUCUAGACCUAAACAAGAAACCUUUCAAAAGAACAAGAAACGGUCGAAUUCGUUGUCGAGUUAUUUUAGGAGUUUACCUGGAAGAUUGCAUAGGUCUUUCUCUUCAACUGUCUCCAGAGGAGGCCCAAAAGACAGACUGAACUCAACUGCUAGACCUCAAGAGUACGUGAGAAGAGAAAAGGAGAAAGUUGGAGUUACCAGGGAAAAGGAGUGGAAGGAUGUUGAAGAUGAAUGGAAAUCUCAAGCGAAAGGAUCAAAAGAAGGUUACAUGCAGUGUCUCAAUGGUGCGAAAUGUAUCAUCAUCACUGAUCCGAUUGGUGAUUUGACCGACGAAUUCCUCCAAUCAACAGUCAUCAUCUCUUCCUCUCAAGAACCAUGCCCUCAUGUUUCCGACAUAGCGCACCCAUCCUCUAGACGCAGAUCAUCUUCCACUCCCGAGGUGAGGCGUCCAAUUUUACCAACUCUACCUGGCAAAUCCAACUUGUCGCCUGUUCCUCCUUCGCCAGCAUCGUAUACACCUCUUAAAUCGAGUAGCGCGGACCACGAUGGGAUUCAUAGAGAUGGAUCACAUGAGGUAGAAAUGAUGGAUGAUAAUGCUAGAAUACUAGAUGUCAGAGCGGGAACAGCAAGUUCGUCGACUAGGAGAGUACCGACACAGAAAUCUGUUCAUCCCACUUUAGGUAACAAGUCGACUGAGAAUGGGGAAAUGGUCAACCAUCAUUCAAUCCCAGAAAUGGAUGAUUCAGAAGAAGAAGAUUUGAAGACACCUCGACAAGUGGAUGAAGAUGUCUUUGAACCGCUCAUUUUCCCUGUGCCAAGAGUCAAGCAACGUAUUCCUGAUCAUGGUGACAUCACCUUCGAAGUCGAUUAUGCCUCAGCAUCAACAACCAAAGCAGACUCUCCAACCACGAUCUAUUCACCUUAUAACGUGUAUACCCCUUAUCCACCCUCACGCCCAUCAGCACCUGUUCCGCCAUUGACUACUCCCUCUGAAAGAGCUUCCCUAGUACUCAACCCAGACGAGUACGAAUAUCUCUUACCUCUACAAUCAAUCGACAUAAUCAACACGCCGAUCUCGGAUCAUCAUACAUCCAGCUCGCAUCAUCACUACUCAACCCGCAUCAAGAGAUCACAUUCCACAUCGACACCAUCUUCUUCGACCGCUAGACCUAUCGUCCGACCCAAUAAUACAUUAAACAACGAUACUCCAGUAUAUUCUCUUCAAGGAGUCUCACAGUCCCUUUCAGUCCAAUUGCCAGCAACCACUUCAACUUACCAACCGAAUUUUCAGGGCCGUACAAGAGAUGUAUAUCGCGAACAUCUUCGAAGAGCCGUAGUCCAGCAAUACAACGAUUCGCCUACUCCCCGCAAACCUCCGAACCAAGGGCAGGGAGAUAUGCUGGUAGUGACUGAUCGAAGAGGGCAAGGGAACGGGUUGAGAAGGGCGUUGGGCAGAGGAUUAUGGUAUAAGAGGAGUAGGAAUGGAAUUUAG